AGUAAUUUAUUUCACCAAAAGGUAAAUUAUCUUCGGAAAGAAAGAAAAAUCCUCUGCGGCAGGCUGCUUCUCAAUCGUCCACACGCUGAUACAGAUACGCGCGCACAUAGUGUCCUUUUUUUUACUUCUACUGUCAAAUCCAAAGCUAAAAUACCCAAAUCUUAUCUGGCCGGUUCCUCCGCCGUCACUGCCGCCUCCGCUGCAUCGUUUCGUUUUGUUGCGAUAAUUAAAAGUAGAGUCAUUGGUGAAGAAAAUGCUUGCUUCAACAACCAUGAACAUUCUUAAAUUUUAUGGUUGCUAUCGUCUCCAACCCCGAAAUACCCAUUUUUCUCAGAAUAUCCAUCCCAUCUCUUCUACAACAUAUUGUAAAUCCGACCUCUGUAUUUUAUCAUCGGCUUCAACCAUAUCUUCUUGCCCCCGGUUUUCUCCCUCUAGAACCGGUAGAAAGAUGAGAAAUGUCAAGGUUUCAGAAAUGGGAGCUCCAUUAUGGACACAGAAAGACGAUGAAGAAGAGAACAUGCGUUCUUCUGAUGACUUAACCAUGAACGGAGACGUUUACCAGAAGACCUUGAGGUUGGUGGAAUGUUCUAUGUUUGCUGCUCUUGGUGGGUUAGUCUACAUAUUAAGCAGUUCUCUUGCAAUUGAGAACUACUUUGGUUGUUUCUUUGCUUUGCCCAUAGUCUUCUCAUCAAUGAGAUGGGAUGUUGUUGCUGGCAGAAAGACUAUGGUGGCAACGGCUACGCUUUUGCUUGUUUUGGCUGGCCCUAUAAAAGCAAUAACUUACUUGCUAAUGCAUGGUUUCCUUGGUCUUGCCAUGGGCUCUUUGUGGAGGUCAAAAACAAGUUGGAGUGUUUCCAUACUUGUGAGCGCACUUGUUCGGGCUGUGGGUGCAGUGGGAUAUGUUUUGAUGUACUCCUUUUUAAUCAGAGAGAACAUCCUUGCUUUGAUCACGAUAAACAUUCAUGCAUCUGCGACAUUUAUCCUCUCGUCAUUAGGCUUCUUGGCAAUUCCAUCAAUGAAUGUAAUAUAUACCAUUUUUGGGACAUUGCUUUUACUUAAUUGCUGUUUCUUUGUGUUCCUGCUACAUCUUCUAUAUGCUCUGUUCUUUUCAAGGCUUGGAAUGAAGGCUUCCCUGAGAUUACCAAAAUGGUUUGCUAAAGCCAUCUGACAGAUUACUCACCCAUUAUGGAUUUUUAUUCAGUAUUAUCCAUACUUCCAUGAAGAACUAGAUGCUCUCUCAAUGUUAGUUCUAUUUCAUAAUUCUGUUGUCAAAUUACAGCCAAUGCUUUGGCAAUUGGGAAAGUAUAGCUUACAUUUUGUUCUUGUGUAUAAGUUUUAAUUGAUACAUUAACUGUUUCUCGAUACUUGGCUACAUGGAGAGAGUUCUAUAACUAAAACAUUUUGGUGAAGCAUUUAUAACACUGCUGUGCCAUGAUACUUGGACCCAAAAUCUUGAAGAAUGAAAAAAAUUGAAGUUGAGCCCCAGGUUACUGCCCAGCUAGGUUUCAGAGUUACAGUUUGGUGUGAAGAUACAUAUAAACAAGAGCCAUUGCUAAAAAAGCUAGAAAAAGUGAGGAGAUUGUUGCGGGAAACAGGGACUUCAUAUUGAUCGUGGGUGGCAAGACAGACAUCUUGGAUAAGGGUCAAAACGAAAUUAAAUUAAAGAAGUCAAUCGGACCUUGAUGCAGUAACAACACUUGGUAUAUACCAUAGAAAAUUUUACACCUUUUGGUCAUGUUUUUCCUCUGACUUGGAACGCCAUACGUUUGCUCCAAACCUGACAGCUAAUUAUCAUUGGUGGAUACUUGAUCAAAUUGAAACUCGGUGAGCAUGAGUUCAGGAAUGUUGGUCCAGGUGUACCUCCAAUUCCUGGAGAGGAUACUCGUUAUCACUGCGUAUUGAAUAGGUACAAGACAUAGGAUGUUUUCGAUUAUGGGCUGGGGAAGCUCACCAAUUCUAUCCGAAGAAGAACGUUGUUGAGCUGGGGGAUCACAUCUUUUUAUCUUAAUUUGUUUUCUAACUCAAGAGGAUCCUUAUUUCAAAACGAUCAUUACCGGAAAUACAUCUUCAAGUUAUAGGUUUAUGGUUAUAUAAUACGGAUGUCAUGUGGUUUUGUGAUAA